GCAUUUUUUCCCCAAUUCUCCCUCCCUCAAAUGAUGAGGCCCAAACUAAUCUUUCAAAACAAAAUAAAUCUUUUAUCUGGACCAACGUUUUGAUAUGAAAUUAAAAAAUAGGGAUUCAACUGGAUUUUGCUCCAUUUACCUUUUAGAUGCUGCCAGCCUUGAAGGGCCAGGCAAGAUUUCCACAUGGAAACAGAUGCCCUGCACAUAGAUGGGCACAAGUGGGGGAGGUCCAAACUCUGGGUCAGGCUUAGCUGUUGCUCUUCCUUUUCAGCACAUCCCUGUUUUAGCCAAAUGUUGCCCAUGCAGAGAAUUGGGUUUAAUUCCUCCCAGUGGCUGAUUUAACGUAGACCUGUUCUGAAAUAGUUGCAGUUCAGUUGGAAUUCAUAGGGCAACAGAAUAUUGGUCAAAAUACGUCUAGAGCAAACUUGAUUGAAAAAUGGGGAGGUAAGGAGCAGUCACGUGACAUGGAUGAAGGGGGUUUGGCUUCAAUGCCUGGAUUGUGUUAAAAAAAAAUUAAUUAAAACAGAUAAAGAAAACAGAAAGUAAUUGAAUAUAUAUUCCCAAACACUUCAUUUUUAUCUCAUUUGAGCCGUUUGACCUUUUGAUGUCUGCUUCUGGCCCGAGGGUGACAUAUUACACCUCUUUGCAUGUACUGUCAGCAUGGAAGCGUAAUGAAGCAUGAGAAAACCUGCACUGUGGCUGAUGCAAGAAUUUACAUUUUUUUUAUAUCAUGAGAAAGAAGGAAAGAUAUCAAAGUUCACUUCAAAGAGCAACUGCCCUUCUCUCCCCCUCCCGAACUAAGACCCAGCAGAGUGUGUUGCAGGCAGCAGAUGGCACAGCUUGUCGUGCAUCGCUAGAAAUCUUGGAAUUGUCUUCUGCUGUGAAGGGAACAGUGUGGGUCUGCCUCUUCUGAAGCCCCAGCUGAAGGCUUCCCUCUGCACACGUGUCUUCAGCACAGCCAAGUUAAAGUUGGGAAUGCACAAGGCUGCCCAUGAGACGUAGUGCAGAAGGGGGAUUUGGCAUCUCUUAUUGUCACGCCAUAAGAAUAUACACUAUUCCUCACCGCUUGCAAAGGUGAAAUGUAUCCAUUCUUCAUCUUUUGAGCUUUGUUGCCCAGUUUAGAUAAGACAAACUCUUUCAGAGUGGCUAAAAGGGCCCUUUGCUGAUGGCUCAGGUGAGACUGCCUUGGCACUGUUGGGUUCUCAAGAGGAAAUUCCUCUUUUAUCAGACAAGGCAGAAGGAAAACUCCAUGUUUUGCUGAGGGUAGGAGCACUCUCCACAGGUUUCUUGCUUCUGCCAUGAGGGCAAAGGAAUGAGAGAUCUUGAGCCUGGUUUCUCCUACCCAGGCACCAAGAGAAGGGCUUGCUUCACCUUCUUCUGCACUGAAGCCAGUGUCCCACAGCUGCCAGCAUCCCAAAGUCCGUGAGACCAAGGUGACAUCAGGCUCUGGUUUCUCAGGGCUGCAGAAGAUGUCAAGGCUGGAUCCUGGCAUAGCUGGGAAGGGAAUGAUCCUGACAGGGGUUCUGUCAGGCUCUGCUAUCAAGGAUAUAUGGGCAAGGGCUUCUGAAUGCCUUAUGGAUGAGCUCUGUGAAGCUCUGCUUAUAAAUCACAGCAGGUCUAUAGGAAGUUGUAUCUCGCCUGACGAUGGUGGAAGAAGUCAGCUUCUCUGUGUGGGGUGGUUGAUCACUCCAUCUGUGAAGUACACCCAACCUGUGCUUCCCAUGGGUCCUGUGAGGCUCACUUACUGGAUAGCUUUUCUUUUAAAGAUGUGGAAGAAAGCAGAAGUCCUUCCUCAAAUUCUGCAAAAUUAGAAAUAAGGUUGCAAGAGACUCUCUCUGCUAUUACAAUGUACAGUAACAUGGCAGUGUUUGGUUUUUCUCUCUGUUACUGUCCUGCCUCCCUGCUCUACUCCACAACUGUUGAAGGACAUCUCAUUUUCACUAGUACACACAUUUUGGUGUUAGCAUUGUGCUAGAUGUGGUAGAGAACCCUGUUUUUUCUUGGCCUUCCCCAGUAUUCGGUAGCAAUUAGGCUUUGAGCCUCUUGAAAUGCAUGUUCAUUGCUUUACUAGUUUACUUGCUUGUGCAUACAGGAGAGGAGUUCGUACAGUGGCUGUACUACGCCUUGACUUGUGAUUCCAAACCAAGGUAGCCUGAGGUAUCUGAUUUAAUACCUCUUUGCUUACAUGGUAGCAACAUUGUUGUAGGAUUUCUUGUGCUGUAUGUCAUGUCAGUAAUUGCAUCCCUUGUGGGGAGUUCCUGUACAUGUCAAUAAUUUGCUUCUCCCAUUACAAGAGAGAAAUAAGGCAUGCAUAUUCCUCACACUUGUAAUUACAGCACUUGGUGCUCCUUGCACUCCUGUUUCUAAGCAAAGGAUCAAACAUGACUUUUUAAAUUGAAUGGUAUUUUGUCGCAUCCUUGCCCAAAUGAAGUAUGUUCUGGGAUCAAAGAUAAACUCCAAAACAAUGGUUGGCUUGUAUUUUCUGUCUUUGGUGUGAUGUGCUCACCCACUUCAUCCCUUUGAGCCAGAUCUUCUGGUGCUACAAACUGCUGUCGCUUUGAUAUAACCCAAGGGAGCUGCGUUGGUCUAUACCCACUGAUAUCUGUCCCUUUAUGUCAACAGUUAACAUACAUACUAAGUCCCUGUCACGUGUGAAGAAAACAGAUGGCUCUUGUGUUGGAAAUAGCCUCACAUCUCAUUCCUUUCCUUGUUUUUUGUUUGUUCAUUUUCCCCUGUCUGUCUGUGUUCAGCUCCUUCCUUUUCCUCCUCCUGGUGCAUGGACCCAUGGCCCACACAGCAGAACUGCGUAAGAAGCAUUUUGAGUUUUCCACUCAAGAUACCUCAACUUGAUUUCAGUCAGAUUAAUUAACCCUUCUUUUCCUUUGCCACCCUUACUUUUGGUGCAUUAUGCAAAAGUAAAGUUUGCCUGGCGUAGAAUUGGGUUAUGAACCGGUCUGCCAUUAAGAACCUAUUCCAAAACUGCAUUGCUCCCCUGGCUUUGGAGGGAUCAAAUAAUUGACUUCCAGCUUCCAAAUUGGUUCUGCCCUCCUCUUUUCUGAUGUGUUUAUGAACCCAGUUAUUUUUGGACUGGGAAGGAGGAAGUGCAAAUGUAACGUGUGUAAAUAACUUGUCACCAGUGUGCCCAGUAGCUUUAGCUGCACAUACGGCCAGAACGUCCUCUGAUGUUAACAGCAUGGAGCCCUGCUAAUAGAAAACAUCUAAUGAUACAGGUGAGAGCUGCAGAGAGCACUGAGAUGGAGGCAAUUUGGUAUUGCUUGGUGAGUUAUGACCAAAUUCAGCAUAAUUCCACUAAAACAGCACCCCAGCUAUUUGUUUGGAUCUGAGGGCAAGGGGCUCGUUUUCACGGACGUGAGAUUUACACGCCUACAUUUGCAUCGAGGAGAAAAGACUUCUGCAAAGACUGAAAAAAAAAUCCCACCAACAUAUGCUAGACAGAAAACUUGAUCUUCCCCCAAAAUAAUACAGCCUCAGUGCAAAUAAAAAAGCUAAUUGAUUUGGAAGAAAGCCAGUUACAGCGAUCCUUUGCAGCGGGUAAAUUUACUGUGCAUAAUGUGCCAGAUUUUAUCUGUAUAAACAGAAACGGAUAAUUUCAAACUCUGCUAAUACUGCUCUGAAUUUUGCAUCUGAAUUAACACUUCAGUGCCACUGCGUGUCUGUGAGUAAUUUGGAGUGCUAGUGGGGAGAGAGGCUGCUUUAUCCCCCAGAGGCGCGAUGAGCAAAGCCCCCUCACCUGACUGACUCCAGUCCUUUUCCGGGGAUGGGGGGAUUUUCUGAUCCUGGUAGAGUUGACCAGAUCGUUGGGAGAGGAUCCUCCAUGACCGACAAGGAUCGGACCAAAGGCCCAGCCGAGGGGGAGCUGCCUGAAGACCCCAGCAUGAUGGGCAGGCUUGGGAAAGUUGAAAAACAGGUUCAGUCGAUGGAGAAGAAGCUGGACUUCCUGGUGAACAUUUACAUGCAGAGAAUGGGCAUCCCACCGACAGAGACGGAGGCCUACUUCGGGUCCAAAGAACCAGACCCAGCCCCUCCCUACCACAGCCCCGAGGACAGCAGGGAGCACAUCGACAAGAACGGCUGCAUCAUCAAGAUCAUCCGGUCCACCAGCUCCAUGGGUCAGAAGAACUUCUCAGCUCCGCCGGCCCCGACCAACUCUUGCCCACCCUCAACAUCGUGCCAGCAGCAGCCCUACCAGCGGCAGAGCCACGGCUCCUCACCUGUCGGAGACCCCGGCUCGCUCGUCCGCAUCCCACCUCCGCCCUCCCACGAGCGCUCCCUGUCAGCCUACAGCAGCGGGCACAGGGCGAGCGCGGAGUACCUGCGGAAUGAAGACAUUACCACCAAACACCAUGAGAGUGCCCUGAGAGACAGCGACACGUCCAUCUCCAUCCCCUCGGUAGACCACGAGGAACUGGAGCGCUCUUUCAGCGGCUUUAGUAUUUCCCAGUCCAAAGAGAAUUUGGACAUCCUUAACAACGGUUGCUAUGCAGCCGUGGCCAAAAUCAGACCCUACAUUGCGGAAGGGGAAUCGGACACCGAUUCUGACCUCUGCACGCCCUGUGGCCCUCCUCCCAGGUCGGCCACGGGUGAGGGACCCUUCAGUGACAUGGGCUGGUCAGCCCCCCGGCAGUGAGGGCCCCGAGCAGCCUCAAGCCAUGGCCGAGUCCCGGCAGCUGCCCGCUCCAGCUGUCCUCGUGUCGAACUUCUCAAGGAGAUGGACAGCUAAGGGUUUCCUCCAUCUAGGACAUCCUUAGCUGCCGGAUGCUUUCUUGCAGCUUACUCUGGGGGGCAAUGAGCAGGCACAAGCCUGCGGGAGUGGAAGAGGUCACGGUGGUGAGCGAACUGGAGCCGUGAAGUCCGGAUUUCUUUCAUACUCUCUUUCUAAGAUCCUUAGGUGAAAUUCUUUCAUGGUGCAGGAUAGGCAAUUUGCAUUUCUUGGGAAUGUUCAGAGAUGUGGGGCAGGAAUAAAUCACCCAGCCAGGGCUUUUGGAGGUCACAUCAAGUGGUAGUGAGCAGUGUCGCGUGGCAGUUGCCGUACCGUGGCACUGGUGAUUACACCUUUCAGUAUUUUGGAGUCACAGAAUGAACACGUGUCAGUUUCUAGCUUAGAUUUCAGGUCGCGUGAAAAUUGCUGGAGCGAUAUUACUCUGUGGUUCGUCAUUAACAAUCAGGAAGAUGGGAGAGUUCCAAAAUAAUACAUGGAAAUUUUGUACAUGUCCCUGGAGGCGUGGGACACUGGAUAGAAUAUUUGCAUGAACAGAAGUUGUGGCUUUCAAGUGUGACAGGUUAGGGGAAUGCUCUGAGCCAGCAUGGUUUAGAAAUUCUCCUUGUCCAACAGCUUAGGAAAUGAGAAACACAAGUGACUGUGUGGCUGGAAUUUUAUAUUUUAAACCAUGUAUUACCUUUAAUUUAUCUCUCUCCUUCCAUUGACAUGGCCUGGAGGUGCUUUGAAAGCAAAGGCAAACCAAAGGCAACCCCUCUGUAGGGCUGCCAUGGUGUAAAACUCUUCUUACGGCCAGCAGGGCUGUUGUGGAGUCACAGCAACAGCAGUCCAAAGGGAGAUAUGCAAGAUGCUGCAGUUCCUGCACUGCUGCAAGCUAAGUGCUGAGCUCCAUCCUUUUGGAUUCCCGUUGGUCAGAGCAGGCCCUUUUCUUACAGUUUGCAUUGUGCCUGAACACUUUUGCACACACUAUGCCCCAUGAAAUUCCUCCCUUUCUUCUUCUGCCCUGGCAAGAAUCUCACACCCCUGCUCUCUGGACAUCCAUUGGCUUGUUUGGAUCUCUUGAGCUGAAUUAAGAGGUACUUCUUUGUUUCUUCAUUAACUUUCAGAAGCCUCUUGACUGUGUGUGCUCACAAGCUGUGCCAAUCCAAGUCUGUCCCAUUUUGUUGUUCCUGUUUGUCUUGGAAGGAUCAUCGUGUUGCUAUCAGGAACUCCAGCAGUGUAUUCAGCUGGGGGAAGGUGAGGGUAAAAGUGAUGCUCAGUGUUUCUUUUGGGACCAAAAAAAAAUAAGCCACAAAGUGAUCUUUUACAUGGAUAGAGAGAUUUUUUUGCAAGAGAAUGGAUCAAAGUGUGUUUUGGGAUCCGUCUCCAAGCCUAGGACAAACAGUGUUGUGCCUCUGAUGCCUCCUGUGUACCUACAGCCCAAAUCCUCUUUGUGUUUUUUGCAAUAGGCAGGGCUGUAUCUGAUUUUAAAUCCCAUCUCUCCACUGUCUCCCCAUGUUGUACCAACAGCUUCUGAGGAUAUUUAGGUGACAGCUUAAUUUCUGCGUGGCCUUUGAGAGGUUGAACAUUGGCUUGUUUGGGGUUGAAGGGAGAGUCAUGGCUUCCUCUCCCCGUUUUCUUGGCAUCAGCCAGGUGAGACCCAAACUGUUUUGGCCUUUGGGAAGAUGUGGGUGCAUCUGUGAGCUUACAGACAGGAGGAAAAGCCACCCUUUGGUAGUGGUCGGACUAACAUGCAGGGCUCCACAUGGAGUGGGGGAGUAAUAUGAGUGUAAAAUGGCUGUAGAUUGUGCAGAUUUGGCCCUGCUGUGUUGCAUGGUUAGAUUCCUUCAGGUAGAGCAAGAUUUUCACCAAAUCAGAGGUAAUAAGCAUUUGCAAUCUUUAUUAUUAUUAUUAUUAUUAAUUUUUUUUUUUUUUUGGCAACUACUUUUUGAGGCCUGCUGG